AUGCGUGAAAAUGCAUGUGUUGUUGACCGCACUCCUCUGUUUUCGCUCUGCUGCACGUUUCUGAGUUUUCCCGAGCGGGAAGCCGGGACGAAGGGUGUCGUCAGUGCUGGCCAAUCACACGCCGCGCAGCCGGCACACGUUGCGCAGCGCCUCCCUGUCAGUGGCUCGGAACAAGCAACCCUCCUUGGCGAGUUUCCCCAGUGGCGGCUGCAGACCUCAGAACUCACCGUGUCUCCCGUUUGGGACAUACGAAGCCCUAAGGCAGCGCAGGGUUCCCAGCCGGGGUUUGGCCGAUCAUCGCCGACAACCAGACGCACCCCCCCAAACGCGGGCGGCAGGCAGGCAGUGAUGGAAAGGGGCCUGCGCAUCGCUCAUGACGACGACACAGUUGGCCAGUUAGAUGCUAUGCAUGCCGGCGAGCCCUAA